AUGAAUUUUUUGAGCGGUUCCUUCAGACGUGCAGGGAUUAAUUUUCCAGUACCGAACUGUUCUCCCUACGGCAUCCGCCUACAGGGCGACACUCUCAUCAUAGAGACCAGACCGCGGGAAUGUUUCGUCGCUGUUACCCUCAAAGAGGUUCUGACACCGGAGUGGGACGCCACGACUGGACUCAGAUUCACAAAUAAACAGUCAUACGAAGUAAACACAGCCGGUCCAUUCCCAUCCAGUAUAAACUUCCCAAUGGUUCCGCGUCCUGGAAUGCCAUUACCUGGAAUGGUCCCCUCAGGCCGACCCGGUGUUCAACUGCCUGGAAUGGCCCAAUCAGGCCGGCCCGGUGUCCCACAACCUGGAAUGGCCCCCUCGGGCCGACCCGGUGUCCCAUUACCUGGAAUGGUCCCCUCAGGCCGGCCCGGUGUCCCACAACCUGGAAUGCCUUCCUCCAACCAACCCGCUGUCCCACGACCCGGAACGCGUUUUGUACCAGGUUUCCCAUCCAACCAACAGCUAGGUCUCAGAAUGUUCAUGCCAUUGACCCUGUCCAAUAAUCAACAAACUGGUUCUUCAUCAUCUCAGACUUCAGGCUCUACAACACGUACUGGAGGCUCCCCGCCGCCAGUACCCGCCCCAUUGACAAGCGGAACAGCUUCAGCAGCUAAACAACAGUGAUCUACAAUAGCAUGGGACAAAAACAAUAGUGGAUUGAAAAAGACAUUUUCAGUACGAAAUUAUAUAUGGAAAACCCCGAUCGUUAUAACUGAGUGACCUGUCAAUUUCUGUACGUAAUAGGUUCGAUAGGAACAUUCAUCGGAAACAUGACUUUCUUUGUCUAGAGUACAAAGCAAUCAUCAACGUUGAAUUGAAUGAGUGAUGCGAGUUUGGAGACGGACUAAUUUAUGUUUUUCUUGUGCAACGAACUUAUUUAUGUUAGAGGAACAUGUAAAUAUUUUCACAAAGAGAAGUAUUUUAUUCACAUAUUUGUGUCAGAUAGGUACUCGUACAUCAAGUGAUUUGUCACAGACUAACAGUUAUGCUAUUGUGGUCAUGAUUAAGGCGACAUGUGUUGCGGUAGACAGCAGAUAUAUCAGGUUGAUAAAUUGUUAUAUAUAUUUAGUCAGACAAUCAGAGUGGAAAAAAAUUUCUUAGAUUUAAUGAAAGAGUUCAUCCUAGUUUGUUCACGUUUGUGUCUGAAGUCUGUAUUAUUAGAUUAUUACAUCUAUUAUACUGGGAAUAAAACAUCAUACUGUUAUCAGGUCACCAUUGGGGUGAUUUCUGCCGUAAAGGAAUAUCUAAGUACUUUCAAGACUAUAUUACAGUAGUCUAGUACCCGAGGGUGUACAGGGCGGUACAGUAGUCUAGUAUCCGAGGGUGUACAGGGUGGUACAGUAGUCUAGUACCCGAGGGUGUACAGGGUGGUACAGUUGUCUAGUACCCGAGGGUGUACAGGGUGGUACAGUUGUCUAGUACCCGAGGGUGUACAGGGCGGUACAGUAGUCUAGUACCCGAGGGUGUACAGGACGGUACAGUAGUCUAGUACCCGAGGGUGUAAAGGGCGGUACAGUAGUCUAGUACCCGAGGGUGUACAGGGCGGUACAGUAGUCUAGUACCCGAGGGUGUACAGGGUGGUACAGUAGUCUAGUACCCGAGGGUGUACAGGGCGGUACAGUAGUCUAGUACCCGAGGGUGUACAGGGCGGUACAGUAGUCUAGUAUCCGAGGGUGUACAGGGCGGUACAGUAGUCUAGUACCCGAGGGUGUACAGGGCGGUACAGUAGUCUAGUACCCGAGGGUGUACAGGGCGGUACAGUAGUCUAGUACCCGAGGGUGUACAGGGCGGUACAGUAGUCUAGUACCCGAGGGUGUACAGGGCGGUACAGUAGUCUAGUACCCGAGGGUGUACAGGGCUGGUACAGUAGUCUAGUACCCGAGGGUGUACAGGGCGGUACAGUAGUCUAGUACCCGAGGGUGUACAGGGCGGUGUAGUAGUCUAGUACCCGAGGGUGUACAGGGCGGUACAUUAGUAAACGGCCACAUCUAAUGUCUUUGAUAACACUUUCUAUAGCAUUUUAUUUUCUGAAAGCAUCUGAUGUAUGCACGAUAAUAAUAUGAUUGCUUACAUUAAUUCAAAUUAUUUACCAUCCCAAAGAUAUUUGUAUUAUUCUCAGGACAACACGAUUCUACGUCUCCGGACGUGUUUAGCAAAUACAGUGUAAUGUAGUUUCUCCCGGUGAAAUCAGUGAUGUUAAGUUAACCAUAGCAAUACAAACCUUUGAAUUAUUGAAUAAGAUUACUUACUCCAUUUUGUAUACCGAAUAUCUAAUUGUAAACAGAGACAAAUCUUGAAAAUAAACUGAAUAAAAGAG